AUGGAACUUACCGCAUCUCCGACGACCCGCUUAAGGGAGAUGGGUCACACCGGUCGACAGUCUAUAAAGCUGAGGUUAUACCGAAAGAUGCAACUGAUGACGCUCCACGCUGGUUUGGCUUUCAUCAAAAUGCCUCCUCCAGAGCACGAAGCUUCUCUAAACGAGCUACAGCGUGAACGUGAUAUAUAUCGCCUGGCUUCUGUUAAAUCGGCGGCGUCCUUCCGGAAGCUGUACCACGUGAGUAGCGACUCCAUGGACAUGGGCAAAACCGACCCUAAAAGUAUACGGUAUGUAGCCUUCGAAUGGCUGGAGACCACUUUGCAAGACGUGGAAUACCGCCCUGACAUCCAUACCUACGCCUUGAUUGGGGCCGUUCUGAGGACAGCUUUAGACAGUUGCGCCAUUCUAGAGGAUAAAACCCUGGUCAAUACGGUCAGUCAGGCUGGCUCUCGUUACCAUGGCUAGCCAUUCGCAAUGCGAGCACCUGAGGUUUGGCAGGGUCGGCCAUGCGCUGAGCCCGCGCAGGUCUGGGCAGUUGCGGCAAUGUUGCUUGUGUGGAUGAAGCCCAUUUUAUUGGGCACCUCGGGUUGCCCCUUUUUCUUCUUCGCUGAGCCUUGGGAGUAUCAUGAAGCUCAUGCGGCUUUUUCCCGCUUGGGAUGUUCCUCCGGUUCCACCCCUUAAGAAAAGUACUCUUCAACUAGACUUCAUAGUGGCCAAGCAAUGGAUCGAUGACCCCCACCAGACCAGCCACAGCCAUCAUACUUGGCGGACGAGUUACGAUUGUUGGAUACAAUGGCAGAGAUAAGGGAUGUUCUUCGUCUCAUGUUGGUUGUCAACCUUGCCGAAAGGCCAUCGGCAGCAGACGUUCUGGUAUCGAAAGAGUUUUCCGCCUUGGAAGAAUCCCUUGCGAGGAUGAAAUAGACAGCGAAGUCACCCUACGUGCCUGGGGUAGGAAUGUAGAUUAGCGAACUAUUCCACUCUACAAUUUAGCCACUUUAAAUUUAUGCUCGUUUUCGCUCAUUGCCGCAAAUGGAGCAUACGUACUGAGCAUGCAUCCUCCGAUAACCUUGUCCCCUGCGCCCCUGACGAAAGGCGUUGCAGCGCUCCCCUAUUCGAGAGAUCCUCUUGCUAGUCCAAUCAAUCAAUCAUUAUAUCACUCUUGGUCUAAACAUAAUAAAUAUGAUAGUGAGGUGGUCUUUUAACAACUUGAAGAUAUUUCAAGGAGAUUAUACCACACUUACUUUCAUGUGGCUUGGUAAACUUCCCACCCA